GCCAACGGUCACUGUUGCCGUGGCCUGCUGGCCUCCACGAAGGGGCUCUCUUGCGUCGGUUCCCUUGGCCCCGAGCGGGAAGGCGCCCAAUGGUCGGCAGAUUCGAAUACUUCAGCCGGCCCCCGCUCUCCCGAUUGCGCAGUGUCUUCCACGACGGAAUACGUUACCCUUCGUUUGUCGAUAUCUGCGAUCGGUCGUUUGCACCACUGUUCCUCGUCGUGUCCUGGACGUCCACCGUUGUCUUUCUAGCUGCUGCCGUCGUCCACGUGCCUUCCAUGGCCGACGUCUUUCGGAGGCUGCCGCUGCUGGUGCUGGUCGUCCUCUUGCUCCUCGUUUUAGUCGUCUUCCACAUGUGCAUCCUCGGUAACGUUUCGCGACGUGUACGCAGAAGACGCCCUUUGAAGAAGGACGUCACGAUGGAGGGGCGCCAGGCGAUCUGCAGGUCUGCAGGGGAGCAGGGUGGUGGCCAGCGGGCUGGGCAAAGCCCGUUGAGGAGUUCAAGGUCGUCGAAGCGGUCUGGGUACGCUCAAGUACCACCGCACUUGCAACCUCUGCCUGAUACGUCCGACGAGGAGGCGGAUGAGACAUGGUCACAGACCGUGCCGUUGGGAAGUGGGUCCACCCAGGAGUGGGCGGCUACAGAGCUGUGCGGAAGCCGCGACGGUGCGUAUCGGCAGUCCUACACCGAACUCCUCCAGCAGGGGCUCACCGAAGACGAAGGCGAUGGCGGCGUGAAUCUGUCGUUCAAGCUCUGUAGCGGGAGGUCGUCGGCCACCUCGCGAACGGUCGUCGUGUGUCCCCACCCCGAUGACGACGACAGGCAAGUGACGGCUGUUGUGCGAUCAUCGAAGUCUCCAACGCCGGUUUGGGAGGCGUCGGGGAAAAACAAGGAUCCUCCGCAGCAGCAAUUCCGGUUGCCGUCUGUGUCGACGAGUGCCUCCGCUCACCCCAGUGGAUGCAGUCUUCGUCUCCUCUGUUUGCCGGUUCGAGUGCGGCCCACCGUCGUGGCGAAUGCGGGGAGAUGGAUUCUGGCUUCACCAAUAUUGGUGACGACCGGGACGGGAGGGCGGUGUGGGCAGAACACCGACGGGAGCUCCGGUCGGGGUGCGAAGAAUCCAUAACUCAGGGGGUGCAGUGACUGCGUGUGGGGGAGCACGGAUAGGAAAAGGAGGCACCAGUUCUGGACGCGGACGAUCACAACGACG